AUGACCGCCCCCGAGUCCCCCAUGGCUCAGUCCUCCGCUGUCCCGGCCUCUACUGGCAAGGACCAGAUCGCGACACGCCGACGCAGAAAGUCGAGCGUGCGAGGCCACGGUCACACCCACGAUCCCUCGUCGCGUCAGUCCUCCAAGCAGGACCAGCUCGACAUGCUCUCCAAGCGCAGCCGCGCUCGUGUCAUCCUCCGCCGCUGCAAGCACAUCGCCGUCAAGCACACCUGGACCACCCCGCUAGUCCUCAUCCUCGCCUUCCUCUCCCUCUACGCCGUCAACCCGACCGAGUCCAACGUCAUCCACCACUUCAUCUUCCUUUCCUACAAGAUCCCCCAGCAGGGUCUUGAUGCCGCCGCCGGCGCUGCCGCUGACAGCGAUGCGCCCGCGCAGUACGGCAAGGGGCUUUGGGACAUUGCCUUCGUCUGCUUCUAUGCCACUGUCCUGUCCUUCACGCGCGAGUUUAUCAUGCUGGAACUCCUCCGCCCGCUGGCCAAGUUCUACGGCAUCCGCUCCCGCGGCAAGCAGCUUCGCUUCAUGGAGCAGGCCUACACGGCCAUCUACUUUGGCAUCCUCGGCCCCUUUGGCAUUUACGUCAUGAGCCGCACCCCCGUGUGGUACUUCAACACCACGGGCAUGUACGAGUCGUUCCCGCACAAGACCCACGAGGCCGUCGUCAAGUUCUACUACUUGUUCGAGGCCGCCUACUGGGCGCAGCAGGCGCUGGUCAUGCUCCUCGGUCUCGAGAAGCCUCGUAAGGACUACUACGAGCUCGUCGCGCACCACAUUGUGACCCUGUCGCUCAUUGGCCUGAGCUACCGCUUUCACUUCACCUACAUGGGCAUUGCCGUCUACCUGACCCACGAUAUCAGUGACUUCUUCAUGGCUAUGUCCAAAUCCCUCAACUACGUCGACAACCCCAUCACCGGGCCGUGGUACUGCGUUUCCCUAGCCUCCUGGAUCUACCUCCGCCACGUCAUCAACCUUAAGAUCCUUUGGUCCAUCCUCACCGAGUUCUCCACUGUCGGCCCCUACGAGCUGAACUGGGAGACGGAGCAGUACAAGUGCUGGAUCGCUAAGGUCAUCACCUUCACUCUUCUCGGCCUCCUGCAGUCCCUCAACCUCUUCUGGCUGUUUUUCCUUGUCCGCAUCGGGUACCGCUUCGUCUUCCACGACGUCAAGCAGGAUGACCGCUCCGAGGCGGAGGAGUCCGAGGCGGAGCCCAUGGAGACAAUCGACCAGGUGUCCAAGGUUGACGCUGCGCCGAUUGUGAGCGGGGAGGCCGCGAAGACCGCGCAGGCCGUUGCGAACGGCGUUACCAAGGCGGCUGGCGGCAGUGUUGCAUCACGGACCCGGAGCCGACGCGCCGCGUAA